UGUCGCCUCCUUUCUCGAAAUUCUCGUCUCGUUUCACCGCGCUCGCGUCAUUCGUCGAAUUUUAAAAAGAUUGGCGAUGAUUCACCGGCCGAACGAAACUCUCGCCUACUUCUCUCAGGUUCACCAGUGUAUAACUGCGGUGUGACUCGAGACUUACGAGGAUCCGUACGAGGUGAAAGGUUUGGCUGUUUCGUAACAAAAUCUUCGACACUUUCAUUAUCCCGGACAUCGAAAUCGUUGCAGAAACGUUGUCACGAAUCUUUUCUUUUCUCCGAUUAUUCGAUAAUUCGCUCCGUCUGCAUUUUCAGAGAUUAAAUUGUAACCACAAAUAUCGUGUUAUGAUCGUAAUCGAGUGAUCAAAUUCUACUUUAACGAUAAAGUAAUCUGAUUUAUCGAUUGGCUUCCACCUAAAAUCGAUAACGAAUUAAUUAAACGCGACGCAUUUUGAUUGAUUUCGCAACAAUUACCAGGAACAUUCGAAUUCCAAUUAGAAUUAUCGUUAAUAGUCGACGUUUGAUGCGUUUUCACGAAAAAAUUUUAAUUUGGAUCCGCGCGACGGUGGUGUAUAGUUUUGCGGUACGAAUCGCGAUUGAGAAGGUAGCCGUAAUGCAGGCCUGUACGUAACAAUCGCAACGGUUCGAUGUCAGUGGGGUUUAUCGAGCUAGAAGGUACGGCCUUGGUCUCCCGUGGUUAUUCAUCGACCUAUCGUCCGUACAGCCACGUUACUGCUCGAUCGUUCAAAAAUUGUCAGAGACUGGGGAAUUAUUAUCGUCAGAAUCAAAUCAUUAAAUUUAUCUUCGUAAUCUCGAGCAUGAAUUCGCACGCGUUAAAUUUAUUAAAAACGAUAUCGAUCGUUUCGCUCGUUAAUUUUAAUUUCGAAUAUCGCAAAAUGUUUUUUUUUUCCCUUCUUUUUAACAUACGUCGAUAUAUAUAUAUAACGGAUUAACGCGAUGAUCGAUACAACUCGACGCAAUUCAAUUCAUACCUGGAAAUUUGACAAGCAUUCUAUGGAAUGUUUGAUACAGUAAUGUCGCUGAGUCAAUGCCAUGAGCUUUAACAAUGCCCAUUAGAGGCUAUAUAAUAUACACAACAAUUUUAUUGUCAUCCUCUCUUGUGAAAUAACCUUUAUCUUUUCCGGUUUUAACUUAAACGGUCGAAGCCCCACCGAUUGUAUCCGCCUCGAGGUGGCUAAACUCUCUUCUCGAAUGCGCAAAGAAAAAGAGGAAAAAAAAAAAGGAAAGAAGUGGAAAGACGAGAUAAGUGCAUGCACGGAGAGGAUACGGCAAAAGGGACAAAGCACGGAGGACUGAAAGGCAAACACGUGUGUGAUGCGUACAGGAGACGCACGUUUUUUUUCAUAAGGUUAUAAUUAAAAAAAAUAAAGCUUAAAAAUGGCUCGUAAAACCAUGCAACACAUACUCGACGAGACUGAGCUUGAGACGAUAGCUCAAAAUGAACUUUCAAGAUUAAAAAGACAAUUUAGGAUAAUGGAAAAUGAUCGAAGUAUUUGUGCAGAGGAUGCAAAAUUACAACUUCGUAAACAAAUAAAUAUGAUUAAUCGUUUGGAAUACGAAAAGGCAGAACUUGUUCUUCGUAUUAAAACUGCCAGUGCAAAAACGUUUACUCGUAAAGAAGAAAAAAUGGAAGAAAAGCUAAAAUGUGUUUUAACAUCGCAAACACAAUAUGAUGAAAUGAUAAAGAAUGAAAAGCAGGAAAUAGAAGAAGUCAAUGUUGAAAUUCGCAAGUUAUCAAAAGAAAUAGAAACCAUAAGGAGAAAAAUUAAAACAGACGUUCAAUUAAAAGAAAUGUACAUACGAGAUGAAAAUAUAGUUUAUAUGUUAGAAAAUCGGCUUGAAGUAGCAACAAAAAGAUUUAACAUUGCUGUUGCUAUUAAUACAAAACUUCGAGAUGAAAUUGAAGAUAAACUCAAAGAAAGAUUGCAUUUUACAACACUUUGGAAUAAAUUAAUUAAUCAAUUAAACACUGGAAAGCAAAUUAUAAAUGAUUUAGUAGAACAAGCUACUAUCGCGUUCAAUCAAAGGGAUGAAGAAUUAAAUAAGAUUCAAGCUCUUCGUGAAAGGGGAUUAAGAGACUUAAGAAAUCAUAUCUCAGAAAUGUGUGAAUUACAAAGAACAAUGGAUAAUGAAAUGAAAUUACAAGAAUUUCUUGGUAUAAAAGGACAACAUCGUGAAAUGAGCGAUUUAAAUGAAAAACGUGCAGCUGAAAGAAAAGCUUCAAUGGAAUAUAAACAAUCCAAGAUUGAAACUUAUAAGAAUAUUUUACAUACGAUUAAAGAAUUUAUUGGUGAACAGAAUAAUGAUAAACUUAUAGCAAAAUUUAUCAAGCAAGAGGAAGAAAACUUUGCCUUGUUCAGUUAUGUAAAUGAAUUAAACGAUGAAUUGGAAAGUCUUAAUUCGAGAAUUGAUCAAUUAACAAUAGCUAUACAAGAAGCACAAACUUUAAAUGACCGUAUUAGUUACGAACAAACUCAGACAUUAGAGCAGCUCAAAACAGAACUUGAAGAACAAACCGCACUUGCUGAUGCGGCUGAAGAAAAUCUGGCACAGUGUGAUGAUGUUCUAGAAAAAUUAUUAAAAGGGAUAGAUUCUCUAUUUAAAGCAAUUCGUUGUGAUAAUUCUCCAAUUUUACGAUUAUUGGGCGAUAAUGAACAGAUAACGAUGAGUAAUGUAAUGCUAUAUUUAGGAAUUAUUGAAAAACAAAUUACACAAAUGUUCCACAAAGUAUAUUGGCUGGAUAGAGCUACGAAAACGCAACAAUUGCGAAUUGAUGAAGAAAGAAGACCUAGAUUGAAAGUGCCUCCUAUUGAAUAUAUUGCUCCCACUCAACCUUGUGCCUUGUAA